AUAAUCCACCAGAGUGGGCACCAGAAUCAACCGAUGUUAUACGCUUGAAUGACGAUCAAAGUAUUCUUGAUGACAAAGUUGUCGCUUUAAAAGAAUCACUUCAACAAAUCGUCGAAAAAAUGGUACAUUUUCGGGAGGCAAAACAACUUACAAAAAUGAAAAUGCAAAUUCUUCAAAUGGAAUUUCUUCUUGAAGAAGCAUGUGAAAGCAUUGGCGAUGAAAUUGUUUACAAUAAUCCACUAUAUUUAUCAUGUUCAUUGGAAACGUUUGAAAUGGAUCUUAAACAAAAAAUAAUUUUAUCUCUUGAAUUGGAAUUGGAAAAACAACAAUUUAUGGUAAUUUUAUCAACUUGGUUAAAUCAACCAUAUAUUGAUUUUGAUAAAAUUAUGGAAUUUGAAAAUAUUUGUAAAAUUGAAAUAGAAAAUAAAGAAAAUUAA